AUGAAGUUGAUUCGCAAAUAUCACAUGAUACCCUACGAGAAUGGGUCUGAAUAUGAAUCUGCCAAACGUUUUUUAGAAAAUAUCCUAUCCGCAUCAGAUGUUGAUCCAACUACAAAAUGCCGUUUUUAUCAAGAUGUACUAUAUCGAAUUCGUAACCACCCUGAACUACCAAUUGUCACUGAAGAAUUAUUUGAUGUUGUUCAAGAAAAUUUACAACAACAGAAUGACAAUCAAAAGAGAAAUGUGAAGCUAGAGAGGCGUAAUUUAAAAUAUGAAGUCAUUCCUGAAAAGAGAGAAUCAUAUCAAGAAAAAGAUUAUACGAAUCCUCCUGUUUAUAAAGCGGAAAAUGAACAAUUGUUUGAUGACGUGCCGUACCGCAAUGAUGGAAUAAAUCAUUUAAAGCCCCGCAAAAACGUUUACAUCAAAGAAGAGCCCGAGGAUGAGGAUUAUCAUAUGGAAUACGAAAAAAUUCCAGAAAUAAAUAUGGAGCAAAAUGUAAAUGAACUUUUUACGGAACCCCAAAAACAUGCAGCCGGAAAAAUAAAAAAGUCCAAGAAUCAAAAGAAAGACGGAACUCUCAGUAGACCUUUGGGUAAAAAGGAAAAUAAGAGUGUGGUGAAAGUGAAAAUUGAAGAACCCGAUCAAGAUAUGCAAGCCGCUCCACCGAGGAAACCUGAGGAAAAAAAUGAGGAAACCGCACCAGUUUCAAUUAAAAAACGAUCGUUUCAGCAAGACGCCACUUCAAACAAGAGGCAAAAGUUUGAUCUCAAGAGAGGAAAGAGCAUGAAUAACGUGAAACCGCGAAAACUUUAUAAAAUGCAGCUGGAUGAGGAAGAUGAAGAUGAAGAGCCGAUGGUUGAUGAGACGCCACAAAACACUGAGAUUUCAAUCAAAAAGAGACCAUUUCAACAGGAUUCCACAAAAAACUUAAACAAGAGGCAGAAAUUUGAUUUGAAAAGAAGAAAGAAUAUGAGUAGAGUGAGGCCAAACAAAAUUUACAAGAUGCAAAACUUGAAACGCAACAUUUCUUCAACCAUCCCAGAUAAUGGUACAAAUAUCCCUGCUGCCAAAAGGCGCGUUCUUCGCGGAUCUGGUUCAGCUCCACCUCCAGGUUCACGAGUUUAUUGCAGAUUAUGGAAAUUUUAA